CAGACUCCUCUACAUGCUGAAGUCCUUCAAAUACACUUUCCCAACACCGCCCUUGUCCGAGGACUGCCUCUACCUGAACGUCUUCACCCCGGCCAGCAGGGGGAAGAAUUAUCAACUACCGGUCAUGGUGUUCAUUCAUGGCGGAGGACUGCGGAUGGGGGGGACCAUGAUGUUCGAGGGAUCCGCGCUGACUGCCUAUGAGAACGUUGUGGUGGUGUCCAUACAGUACAGACUCGGCCUCCUGGGAUUCCUCAG